AAGGAUGAAAAGAUGGCUGACUUUUCACUACCGUGUUCUAACCAUUUCCGCCAGUUCACGCGUGAAUCUUUGGCUGCUAUUGAGAAGCGAAUUGCUGCCAACAAGAAAUACAAAGACCACCAACCUAAAGAGAAACCUCGUCCCCAACUUGACUUGCAGGUUUUCCAAAAGCUGCCUACUCUCUAUGGGAAUCCUCCUCAGGAGCUUGUUGGGAAACCACUGGAGGAUCUUGACCCUUAUUACAAUGAUCACAAGACAUUUAUGGUAUUGAACAAAAGGAAAACAAUCUUCCGAUUUACUGCCACACGUGCCUUGUGUAUACUUAGCCCUUUCCAUUCAAUCAGAAGAGCAGCAAUUAAAAUUUCAGUACAUUCAUUGUUCACUAUGUUUAUUAUGUGCACUAUUUUAACCAAUUGUGUCUUCAUGGCUAUAUUUGAGACUCGUAGAAAGUCUAAGUCACCUAAAUUUCGUGACUGGAGAAAGUAUGUUGAAUACACGUUUACAGCCAUUUACACUUUUGAAGUAUUGAUAAAAAUAUUGGCAAGAGGAUUCUGGCUGAAUGAAUUCAGUUUCCUUCGAGAUCCAUGGAAUUGGUUGGAUUUCAGUGUCAUUGCUAUGGCAUAUGCAGGGGAGUUUACUGAUCUAGGCAAUGUUUUGGCCCUUCGUACAUUCAGGGUUCUGAGAGCUUUAAAAACGAUUUCAAUACUCCCAGGACUGAAGGUCAUCGUAGGUGCACUGAUCCAGUCUGUUAAGAAACUUACUGAUGUGAUGAUCCUGACCGUUUUCUGCUUGAGUGUCUUUGCCCUCAUAGGCCUCCAGCUCUUUAAAGGCAAUUUGAGACAUAAGUGUGUCAGGAAUUUUAACUCCACCAAUGGAACUAUUUAUUUGGAUGACAAAAAAUGGGGCUCCUUUGAUGAGUUUAUUAAUGAUACAGAAAAUGUUUUGAAGAAGAAUGGCACCAAGGAUGCGUUAUUGUGUGGCAACAGCUCAGAUGCUGGCUCCUGUCCACGUAACUAUAUAUGUCUCCAAGUCGGGGAAAAUCCUGAUUAUGGCUACACAAGUUUUGAUACAUUUGGCUGGGCCUUUCUUUCCUUGUUCCGCCUGAUGACACAUGAUUACUGGGAGCGUCUCUAUCAACAGACUCUCAGAGCUUCUGGGAAGAUCUACAUGCUCUUUUUUAUGCUGGUCAUCUUUGUGGGCUCAUUUUAUCUGAUCAACUUGAUCCUGGCUGUAGUGACUAUGGCAUACGAAGAGCAGAACAAAGCUACUAUUGCUGAAACUGAGGCAAAGGAAAGGAGGUUUCAGGAAGCCAUGAAACUGUUGAAAAAAGAGCAAGAGGCAUUGACUGCUAAAGGAAAUGAUACGAAGUCACUUUGCUCCUUUGAAAUGUUACCUUUACCCUCCAAAGAAGUCAAAGAUAGAAGCAACAGGAGAAAGAAAAAUAAGUCCUUAGAGAUAGAAGAUUAUGGGGAAGAUCAAAAAGUUCCCAAAUCACAGUCCAGUAGCCAUCAACAAAACCUGACCCCUGUAUGUGAUGAAGUGAGCAAGAAGCAUUUGCUCCAUCAUCUGUCAGUGGACUAUUUUAAUGAGCCACUACAAAGUCAAAGGGCAACUGGGGCAGUCAAUACCAUUACCUGUGUCCUGGAGGAAUCACAACAGAAAUGCCCUCCCUGCUUGAAGGACUUUGCCCUAAAAUAUCUUAUUUGGGACUGUUGUCCACUGUGGUUGAGAAUCAAGAAAAAGGUGACAAUUUUAGUAAUGGAUCCAUUUACUGACCUCGCUAUCACUCUUUGCAUUGUGAUGAAUACUAUCUUCAUGGCACUAGAGCACUAUAAAAUGACAAGAAAUUUAAAAUUCAUGCUUAACGUAGGCAACAAGGUCUUUACUGGAAUUUUUACUGCAGAAGUGAUCUUGAAAAUCAUUGCUCUAGAUCCCUAUUACUAUUUUCAGCAACGCUGGAAUAUUUUUGACAGCAUAAUUGUCACCGUAAGCUUAAUUGACUUGAGUUUACACACCAAAGCUAAAGGAAGAAAAGAACAUGGAAACCUGUUAGUUUUGCGUUCCCUCAAACUGCUAAGGAUCUUCAAACUGGCAAAGUCCUGGACAACUUUGAAUAUACUUAUUAAAAUCAUUGGUAACUCAGUGAGUGCUAUGGGUAACCUUACCCUGGUUCUGGCAAUCAUAGUCUUUAUAUUUGCUGUAGUAGGAACGCAACUUUUUGGUAAAAGCUACAAAGAACAUUGCUCUAAAAUAAGUGACGAUUGCAAGCCACGUUGGCAUAUGAUGGAUUUUUUCCACUCAUUCCUUAUUAUAUUCCGAAUUCUGUGUGGAGAAUGGCUUGAAACCAUGUGGGAUUGUAUGGUGGUGGCUGAGGAACCAUUAUGCCUUAUUGUCUUCUUGCUGGCCAUGGUGAUAGGAAACCUAGUGGUUCUCAACCUGUUCAUUGCACUACUGCUGAACUCCUUCAGCGCUGACAACCUCCAAGCACCUGAAGAUGAUGCAGAGAUGAACAACCUUCAGAUUGCAUUUGCUCGGAUCCACAGGGGACUUCUUCUGGUGAAACAUGCAACAUGGGAUUACUGUUGUGGAAAGCUCCGGCAACCAAAGAAAGCAACCAAAAAGAAAAUGAAAUUGGCUGCUGAGAACACAUGUGUGGAGACUGGGAAAGAAGGGAAGAAUUGUAAAGAAAAUCACAGUGACAAUGUGACUGACAAGAAUGGAGAGAAAUGCUCUGUUAGCAUUCUUGAAGAUUUUAUCACCAACCCCAACAUGUUUAUCUGCAUCCCUAUUGCUGAAGCAGAAUCUGAUAGUGAGGAGUAUGAAGAAGAUGAUAAUAAUUUAAGUACAUUCACAAAAAUGGAGUACAGUAAACAGCAGGAAAAACAUCUUAGCAGAGGGAAACAAUGUAAAAGAUCAGGAGCUUGGUGUAAAGCAGGGGUUGGAUCUGAGAUUUCCUCUGAAAACUUAAGUGAGUUUAACAUAAACAAACAAUGGAAGGCUGGCUCAUCAUCUCUAAUACAAAAAGAGCACCUGGAUGACAUCAGCUGUUCUGAAGGCAGCACAGUGGAUCUGACAAAUCCUGAGGAGCUUCUAAAACAGAUCCCUGAGCUGGCUGAAUACUUAAAGAAACCUGAUAACUGUUUUCCAGAAGGCUGUAUUCGACAUUCCCCUUGCUGUUCAGUGAAUAGCACAAAGUUUCCAGGCAAAACUUGGUGGAACCUGAGGAAAACAUGCUACAAAAUUGUUGAACACAACUGGUUUGAAAGCUUUAUCAUAUUCAUGAUUCUGCUAAGCAGUGGAAGCCUGGCAUUUGAAGAUAUACAUCUUGGAAAAAGAAAAAACAUUAAAAUGAUGUUGGAAUUUUUUGAUAAAAUCUUCACUUAUAUCUUUGUCUUCGAAAUGUUUCUGAAAUGGCUGGCUUAUGGCUUCAGGAAGUAUUUCACCAAUGCCUGGUGUUGGCUCGAUUUCCUAAUUGUAGAUGUCUCUUUAGCAAGCCUUAUAGCUAACUCACUUGGAUAUGCCGAAAUAGGACCCAUGAAAUCCCUUAAAACUCUGAGAGCCUUGAGACCAUUAAGGGCAUUGUCACAAUUUGAAGGGAUGAGGGUAAGAGUAAAUAAAGCAAUUUCUGAAGGCUCUCUUUGUGAACAUCAAGUGGUUGUGAAUGCCUUAGUAGGUGCCAUCCCUUCCAUCAUGAACGUUGUGCUUGUCUGCCUCAUUUUUUGGCUCGUUUUUAGUAUCAUGGGAGUGAACCUAUUUGCAGGAAAAUUUGGAAAAUGUGUUAACUUGACUGAAGAAAAAUCAGAAAUAAAUAACAGUAUUAAGAACAAAUUGGAUUGUACAACCUAUAAUGACACACAAAAAAUAUAUUGGAUAAAUGUUGUAGUCAACUUUGAUAAUGUUGGUUCUGGUUAUCUGGCUCUACUUCAAGUGGCGACAUUUAAAGGUUGGAUGGACAUUAUGUAUGCAGCAGUAGAUUCACGAGGGAAAGAAAAACAGCCAAAGAAGGACAAUAAUCCAUACAUGUACCUCUAUUUUGUGGUUUUCAUCAUCUUUGGCUCUUUCUUCACACUGAAUCUCUUUGUCGGUGUUAUUAUUGACAAUUUUAACCAACAAAAGAAAAAGAUAAGUGGACAAGACAUCUUUAUGACAGAAGAACAGAGAAAAUAUUAUAAUGCAAUGAAAAAACUGGGAUCCAAGAAACCCCAAAAACCCAUCCCAAGGCCAUUGAACAAAUACCAAGGUUUUUUUUUUGACAUCGUAACAAGCGAAGCCUUUGAUAUUAUCAUCAUGAUUCUCAUCUGCCUUAACAUGAUCACUAUGAUGGUGGAAACUGAUAAUCAAAGUAUAAGGAAGACUGACAUUCUUAACAAAAUCAACAUGUUCUUUGUUGCCAUCUUUACUGUAGAAUGCAUCAUGAAAUUAUUGGCCCUAAGACACUACUAUUUCACCAAUGGCUGGAACAUAUUUGAUUUAAGUGUGGUCAUUAUGUCUAUUGUUGGUACUCUGGUUUCUCACAUUGUUAAUGCAUUUGAAAAUUACUUCUCACCUACGCUCUUCAGAGUCAUUCGGUUGGCUCAGAUUGGACGAAUACUAAGACUCAUCCGAGCUGCCAAAGGAAUUAGAACUCUCCUUUUUGCCUUAAUGAUGUCUCUUCCUGCUUUGUUCAACAUUGGCCUCUUACUCUUUCUAGUCAUGUUUAUUUAUGCCAUUUUUGGCAUGGCUAACUUUGCUUAUGUUCAGUGGGAGGGUGGGAUUGAUGACAUGUUCAACUUCCAAACCUUUCCUAACAGCAUGCUCUGUCUCUUCCAAAUCACAACAUCUGCUGGCUGGGAUGGUCUUCUGAGUCCUAUUUUAAACACUGGACCUCCGUUUUGUGAUCCAAACAUAAAAGGUGUUGUGGGAGAAUGUGGUAAACCUGCUGCAGGUAUUAUUUUCUUUGUAAGUUACAUCAUUAUAUCAUUUCUCAUUGUUGUAAACAUGUACAUAGCUGUUAUUUUAGAGAACUUCAGUGUUGCCACUGAGGAAAGUACAGAUCCUGUGGGUGAAGAUGAUUUUGAUAUGUUUUAUAAAAUCUGGGAGAAGUUUGAUCCUGAAGCAACUCAAUUUAUUGAGUAUUCUGCACUUUCAGACUUUGCAGAUGCUUUGGCAGAACCUUUACGCAUAGCCAAACCAAACAAAAUUGAACUCCUAGCAAUGGACAUUCCCUUGGCUAGCGGAGAUAGGAUCCACUGUUUGGAUAUUUUGUUUGCUUUUACCAAACGGGUGCUAGGAGAAUCUGGGGAGAUGGACAAACUAAAAGAACAAACAGAGGAAAAGUUUAUGGCUGCCAAUCCAUCCAGGUUUUUUCAUGAACCAAUCACAUCCACGCUCAGACACAAAGAGGAGGAGGUUUCUGCCAUUAUUAUCCAGAGGGCCUAUAGGAGUCAUUUGAUUCAACGGUCCAUGAAGCAGGCUUCUCUCUUAUAUCACAGAACUUGUGAUGGUGACAUCCUUGAAGAUGCUUCACAGAAAGAAGGUCUCAUUGCAUUCAUGAUGAAUGAGAAUUACGGUAGGAAUCUAGACAAGUCCGAGACUGUGUCUUCAACAUCUUUCCCUCCAUCCUAUAACAGUGUCACCGAGGACACUAAUGACAACCUCCAGGUAAAGACAGUGGACUCUUCCAAAUGUGAUGUACGUAUAGGAUGUCAGCUAUCUCCAGACAAAGAUAAAGAAUGCAUUGUUUAA